GUGGCCGGAAGAGCAGCCACACCACGUUGUCAUGUGUGUGUCGUGCCAUGUCGUCACUGGGGGUCAGAGGUCAGCCGGUGGCCAGCUCCAGGAGCGAGGUCAGUGGGCCAGUAAAGCUGAAUAUCUGCUGGCGGUCGCCGGGCAGAUUAUCGGUCUGGGUAACGUGUGGCGAUUCCCAUAUCUGUGCUACAAGAACGGAGGAGGUGUGUUUUUUGUGCCGUACCUGUUGUUCCUGGUUGUGUGUGGCGUUCCCCUGUUCCUGCUGGAGACGGCGCUCGGCCAGUUCACCAGUCUGGGAGGAGUCGGCGCAUGGAGGAAAGUCUGCCCGCUAUUUGCAGGGCUGGGUUACGCCAGUCAGGUGAUGAUCUUACACAGUUGUGUGUAUUACAUCAUUAUUCUGGCCUGGGCGUUCUUCUACCUGUGCAACAGCUUCCAGACGAGGCUUCCCUGGGCGCACUGCAACAACACCUGGAACACAGAUUCCUGCGUGGGCUUUGAGCAACACAACGCCAGCGAUGUCUCUGAGAACGCCACGUCUCCAGUCAUCGAGUUUUGGGAGCGUGAGGUGUUGGAUCUGUCUGCUAGUGUCGAUCAUCUGGGCUCGCUGAACCCCCGUCUGGCCGCGUGUCUGAUGCUGGUGUGGGUCGUCUGCUACUUCUGUGUCUGGAAAGGAGUCAAAUCCACCGGCAAGGUUGUGUAUGUGACCGCCACCUUCCCGUACGUGAUGCUGCUGGUGUUGUUGGUUCGUGGCGUGACGCUCCCCGGCGCCGUGGACGGGAUCAUUUACUACCUGAAACCCAAUCACACACGGCUGACGGACCCACAGGUGUGGAUGGAUGCAGGGACUCAGGUCUUCUUCUCGUACGGCAUUGGUCUGGGAAGUCUCACGGCUCUGGGAAGCUACAAUACAUUCAACAACGACUGCUACAAGGACUGUUUCAGACUGUGUCUCCUCAACAGUGCCACCAGUUUCGUUGCAGGAUUCGCCAUUUUCUCUGUGCUCGGGUUCAUGGCGCUGGAGCAGGGAGUGGAUAUCGCAGACGUGGCGCAGUCAGGUCCUGGACUAGCGUUUAUAGCGUACCCGCGGGCCGUUUCCCUGAUGCCUCUGCCUCAGCUGUGGGCCGUGUGUUUCUUCCUCAUGAUCAUCAUGUUGGGUCUGGACACUCAGUUCGUCAGUCUCGAGGCGCUGAUGAUGUCGGUGUCGGAUCUGUAUCCCGAGGUCGUUCGCAGAGGUCGUCGACGGGAGAUUCUGCUUCUGCUCGUGUGUUUAGCCUGUUUUCUGCUCGGGCUUCUGAUGGUGACGCCGGGAGGCCUGUAUGUGUUUCAGAUCUACGAUCAUUUCUCCUGCAGUGGAGCCAGUCUGAUAAUGCUGUCCAUCUGUCAGUCUGUGGCCAUCGGAUGGAUCUAUGGUGCGGAUCGCUUCAGUCGUGACAUCGAGGCCAUGAUCGGUUACGAGCCGCUCUACAUCUUCAGGCUCUGCUGGCGUUUCCUGACGCCCGGCGUGUGUAUCGUGUGUAUUGGCACGCUGGUGUUCUCGCUGAUGUUCUGGUCUCCGCUGACCCUGGCUAACGGUGUGACGGCUCCUGGAUGGGCCUCGGUGAUGGGCUGGACGCUCACGCUGUCCUCGGUGUCUCUCCUGCCCGUCUGUGCGCUCUACACACUCAUCAACACACCGGGAAACAUUCAUCAGCGUCUCCGUCUGCUGUGCCGGACUCAAGCGGACAGGCCAGCACCUUCCUCGUGACCUCUGACCUCAGCACAAAGAAGCCCACUGAGACACCCGAGGACGUGGUGUGAGUGAGUGAAACUGAGGAGAUCUGAUGUACAGAAACCGGCGUUUGCUGACGUGUCGUAAAAGAAACUCUUUGUCUUGAUGACAAGCCGUCUGUGUUCGAUAUUGGUUGAAAUAUGACCUUACUUGAAUUUACUGGAUAUGUGUCACCAUUAGGUUUUGAUUGUGUGUUUCCAUGGACACUAAUCACCUUCCUCAUCAUCACUGUGUAUCUGCAUUCAGUUCAUUGUCCGGUAUUGUUGGACAUGUUGUCUCACCUGUUCCUGUGUAUCCUGAGCCUCUGUGAUUAAAGAAAGCGUUCACUACGGUC